GUACUAUACUUCUGUCAUAAUUAUUAUGCUUUUUAUUAUUAUUUUUUUUAUUACAAUGAAUAUACCUAAAUUCUUGCUCCAAAAAAAAUAUAUCAGUAAAUAAAACUGCAUAAUCGUAGAUACAAAAUGAAAAAUAAACUAACGUCAGUAAAAUUAUAAUUAUCAUUAAAAAUUGGUUGGUUGAACCUGCUCGAGCCCCUAAAUAAAAUCAUAAUUGCAAAAGAAUAUCCACAAUAUAUAUUUUUACACACAUAUAUACAUAUAUUGUAGGUAUAUAUAAAUAUAGUGAAAUAUACGUAUACUUGAAUAUAUACUGAAACUGAACUGAUCGUUUAAAUACUAAACGUCGAAGGCUUGCCUCAAUUGCUUGUUUGUGAUGAUUAGAUUGUGUGUGUAUGAUAUACAAAAAAAAUGGGUGAGAUCGUGUCUUAAUUUUCAUCGAACAAUAUCAUUACAGUUGUCAUUAUUAUCUUUAUUAACUUGUUAUCGCAACCAUGAUCAUAAUCAUCAGUAUCGUCAGUGAAAUUUGCAACUUCUGACGUAGACAUAGGGUAUAGACAGCAUAGAUAUACAAUAUAAAAUAUACUAAAUAAAAAAAAAAAUAAAUAAGUACUGAGAUAACUUUCUCAGCUGGUAUAAUGUUCCUUGAAUAUUUUUCAAGCCUUCAAAAAACUGUCCAAUAUUUUCAUUCGAUGAUUGUAAAUAUUUGUCACAUACGUUAAUUGAAUAAUUAUAAUUAUUCAUCAUCAUCAUCAACCUUAAGGGAUAAUAAUUACGAGCUACUUGGAGUUGUUACUUUUCUAACAGAGGCUUUCACAGAAAUAGCAAUGAAGGAGACGAGCAAAGAGUAUAUUUUGCAGUGGUCCGGCCAUGCAGCAAGUAUCACCGAGAGAUUCAGCGGUUUAUUAGCUAAACAAGCACUUGUGGAUGUUACUUUGAUUUGUCAAGAACAAAAACUACGUGUACAUAAGCUAGUACUAGCUUCAUGUAGUCUUUAUUUUGAGGAAAUGCUGGAGCAAGAUUUAGGUCAAGAGCCAAUAAUAUUAUUGAAAGACUUGGACUUUGAUAUUCUUAAAGCAAUGGUUGAAUUUAUGUAUUGUGGUGAAACUACAAUAGCUCAUUGCCAUUUAAAGCCAUUGUUAGAAGCUGCCCAUGUUUUUAAAGUAAAAGAUCUCGAGUCCAUUGUUCAGUGUAUGAUGUCAACAAAAAAUUACAUUGAUGAUACCGAUAAAUCAUCAAAUUUAGACCAAGAUUUAAGCAACACAAAUAAUAGUUCAGUGACCCAUAAUUGUGUUCAAGUUAAACUGAGCGGUAGAGAGCCAGCAGAGAAGCUAUCAUCACCAGCAACUGAACUAUCCGAUAGUAAAAAUUCAAAACAUAAUCAACCAGUGGAACUAGAACAUACUGUAAUAGAAUUAGAAGAUACAUUAGUAGACUUAAUCGAUACAUCUGUAGAUAAUAAUGAACAUGAAGCUGCAAUAUUUUGCGAUAUUAUUGAGAGUACAAACAAAUUAGCCACACGAUCAAAUGAAAAUAAGUCAGCAAAUUUUUUUCAAGAGAACGUUAAUAAUUUAAACAACAAGAAACUAAAUAAUUAUAUCCAUUGUGACAAUCAAGCACUAUUUAUGGAUAACAAUAAUUUAAUAUUGAACGAUGUUUUAUGCAAUGUUGAUAAUGAGAGUAAAGAUGAAACAUGUUCACAUAGUUGUAAUAAUAAGUUAGAAAAUUUAGAGAGUAAUUUAGAUUUAUCAGACCUCCCCAGUGAAGUCGGUGAGUGUUCAAAAGUUUAUACGUACAAAAAGCGAAAAUUAACAAAUUCUAAAAAAUUUUCAUCGUUCUGUACAUCAAAUAUGUUAAUAAAAUCAGAUAAAAUCGAUUGUAUCGAUUUAUCAUGUGAUACAGCACCUGUUACUUUGCCGUCCUUAGCUUUAGACAUGAAUGCAACUGAUCGAGUUUGGAGUAUGAAUACGGAUAAUAUUCAUUAUAUAAUAGGUAGCACAUUAAAUCAAACAAAUGCAUUGAUAAGAGAUCGGCAAAGGAUUGUUUAUGAAGAAAUAGAUACUGAAAGAACAAUUAUUCCUAAUCACAAAAGUAUACGCCAGAUCAAAGAGUUGUUUUCUGUAGACAAUGAUAAUAUUUCUAUGGGACAGAUGCCAAUACUACGACGCAGUGUUCGUCUUAAUCAGUUAGAAACUGAUGAUUCUGUGAAUAACAAUAGCGAAGAAACACAAAAAAUUAAGGAUAAGCAUGUUGAAUUUAAAAGCUUGAGUAAAUCAUUAACUAAAGCUAAACGUAUAAAAGAAUUGUCAACUAAUGGAAGAGUCUCUGAUGAAAAUAGUGUUUCAAAAAGAAGUGUAAAUAAUCCACGUCCAAGAAAUAAUACAAAACUUACAUCUAAAAAUGCUGGUAGUUCACGUUGUCUAGCUAAAAUGAAGGAUGACAAGUCAAGAAAUAAAAUAAAAAAUAGCAAGAUUACAAAAGUUGAACCUUUAGAUACUGAUGGGUAUUCUCCAAUUAAAUUAAAUACAAUAGCAUCAGUGGAACGUGCAUUGUGGGGUGAUAUGUCAGAUGUUAUUGAAAAUCACGAUGCUGCAACUAAAAUACCUGAAUACUCAAUGAGUAAAGAAAUUCCAUUUGCUGUUGGGUUAUUGCCACUUCAUGCAGCAUUAGAAAGAAUGCAAGCAAUGCCUGAUUAUCAGCCACGCAAAACAAGAUCAUCUUUUGCUACACCCAUGAGACAUGAUUCCAAUCAUUUAAAUUUUAAACGUAAAGCUCCUGGUGCUGUCAGUGGAACUGGUGCUACUGCUGAAACUGAAUAUGAUUCUAUUUAUAAUAAAAAACAAUGUAGCCUAGAACAAAUGGAUGAUAAUUCAUCAAACACUUUUUGCCAUAUUAAAAUUCAAACGUCUUCCCAGUGUUCUCAAAGUUGCGAUAAUUCCAUGAUGGAUCAAUUAGUUACUAUUGGGUCGAAUUUUCAUAAGCGAUGACAAAAUUGUAUUAUUCGUAAAAAGAAAUUAUUUAUGGUGUAUACAUAUAAAAAUAUAUUAUUUUUUUGAACUUUAAAAAAUAUUUGUAAAGAUAUGUAUUAUAAAAAAAAAAGUUA